CAAGAGCAACAAAGAAUGGAAGGAGAAUUGGGUGCUCAAAAUGAUUCUCGUAAAGAAGCUGAAAAACGUGUAAAGCUUGCUAUGUUAUUUAUGAAAUUUAGUGCAGAACAUAAAAUAUCAUUAACUCAAAAUGAUGUUUUGAGUGUUAUUGUAAAUCAAUAUGUCAGUAAAGAUGUGCAAUUUGACAGAGUACUUAAGCAUUUUGAAUCAAAUAAACAAUUUCAAGAAUUAGUUAGAGGGCAAGCGCUUGAGUAUAAAGUGACAGAUUAUAUAAUAGAAAAAGUUAGUAAAGAAGAGCAGAUUAUUUCUGUGAAAGAAUUAAAGGAAUUAUUUGAUAAUAUUUAGUAGGAAAAGGUAUGACUCUUAUACCAAUUGUAGUUGAACAAACUAGUCGCGGUGAGCGCGCUUAUGACAUAUAUUCAAGACUAGUGAAAGAAAGAAUAAUUUUUGUAACAGGUCCUAUUGAGGACAACAUGGCCAGUGUAAUAGUAGCACAGCUUUUAUUUUUAGAAUCGGAAAAUCCCGAUAAAGACAUUUGUAUGUACAUCAACUCACCAGGUGGUGUUGUAACUGCUGGUUUGUCGAUCUACGAUACAAUGCAAUAUAUAAACCCAGACGUUUCAACUUUAUGUAUAGGUCAAGCUGCGUCUAUGGGUUCUUUAUUGCUUGCAGCUGGUACAAAAGGUAAGCGCUACUCUCUACCUCAUUCAAGAAUUAUGAUACAUCAGCCAUCUGGUGGUUAUCAUGGUCAAGCAACUGAUAUAGAAAUACAUGCUAAUGAAAUUUUGCGGGUUAAGAAAAAACUAAAUCAAAUUUAUGAAAAACAUACUGGAAAUUCACUGAAGAAAAUUGAAGGAAUGAUGGAAAGAGAUAAAUUCAUGGAUCCUGAAGAAGCAAGGAAAAUUGGCUUAAUUGACAGGGUG